UUCUAAACGACAAAACUGGAGAGAGAAAGAGACACUCAAACACACACAGAGGGAGAGAGAGAAAGAGGGAGUUUCGUAACUUAGGGAAGUUUUGUGGAGCCAUCGAUCACCGGAGCGUCUUGUUUUUUUCUGUGCCUGAUGUCAGUGACACAGCGGAGGGCUGAUUGUCGCCUGCGCCACUUUUUCUGCGGAGUUGCCUAAUUGAGUUUCUAUCAGAGAGGGAAGCCUUUGCCCUUCAGCAGGGUAGCUGUGAAUCUUCCGUCUCUCCUUCCGGAUUAGACCACUACGUCCGAGAAGAGCCUGGCCUGUGCAGCCAUGCUGAUGUAUGAUUACCCUCUGAAAACAGACAUGGAGACGUCAUUCUACGCUUCGCUAGUGAAAACCCCGGAGCCCUACGGAGUGAUCUUCUCCCACCCCGCCCACCUGUACCACCCCACACACAUGCAUGCAUUCACCCAGACCCACACUCUGAGCAACCCCACACACACCCAGAUGGAGCCUGUGGAUCUGUCAGUCAGCAAGCGCUCCUCCUCCACCUCUUCUUCCUCCUCUCCUCAUUGCUCCUCCGCCUCCUCCCCGGCCUCCUCACGCAGCUCCCCGCCUUCCCCCUACAGCUCGGCGAGCCGCGCUUCCCCGCGCAGCUCCCCCAAACACUCCCAGCUGCGCUCCUCGCCACCUACUCCUUCACUUCCUUACCCCACCAUGGGGGCUCCUCUUAUCAGCUCGGGCUCCGGGGUCAUCCAGGGGACAGGGGUCAUGGUGCCUCCGGUCAUGGUCCCUCUGUCCAUCCUCUACCCCCCGCCUCUCCACCUGCAUCAGCAGAUAAUGGUGAGCUCACAUGUCGCCAGUGAUGACGACCAUCAUCGAAGCAGGGAGCACAAGACAGUUCACUCUACGAAGCCCCUGGAACUGCGAGGCGACACCCAUGACCUGCACAAGCCAAUCAAAACAGAGCCUCGCCAUGAGCUCGCUCAAGAACUCCACAGCCACGAGAUGAAAUCAUCAGUGAUCAGGAUAUCACCUGAAUUUGGGGCCAACAACCCAUCAGUAAUAGUGCAUUCGGGCACGCAGCAUCCUGUCCCUGCUGACUCUCCUGACACACUGAAAAAGAGGCGGAUUCACCGCUGCGACUUCGCCGGCUGCAAUAAAGUGUACACCAAGAGUUCCCACCUCAAAGCACACCGCAGGACACACACCGGUGAGAAACCCUACAAGUGCAUGUGGGAGGGCUGCACGUGGAAGUUCGCCCGUUCAGACGAGCUGACAAGACACUUCCGCAAGCACACGGGAGUCAAACCUUUCCAGUGCCCUGACUGUGAACGCAGUUUCUCCCGCUCCGACCACCUGGCUUUGCACAAGAAACGCCACCUCCUGGUGUGAAACCCUCCACCGGGCAUUUUGAAAAAAAAUUCGGUGCUGGUUUCAAUGUUGUACUUUACCACUUUGACUUCAAGCUGGCCUUCUGCAUUGGACUCCGACAGGGAGUGGGGGAAAUGUUCCUUAAAGUGCAAGUUUAGACCCCCUUCACCUCAUUGCGUUCGUCAAUUUUUGAUCCUAUCUACAGAUUUCUCAACAACUUAUUUUGACCUCCUAAUAACGUUGUUGCACCAGACAUCUGAUCAGCUGCGGGAGGUCCAGACUUUUUUUUUUAAAAGUGGCUGCAGCAUCUCAGCUGGCUUGAGAGCAGCGCCCUCUUGUGGCCUAAGAACCAAACUGCAUUGACACCGCUCUGUUUUAACCACGGACACACACUGCAUGCUCAUGCUUCAUUUUAUUUUUUUGCAACAUCAGCUUUCAUUUAUCUGCAUGCAUUUAAGUAAAGAUUGUGGACUUCAACGCACACACACGUUAUUUGCUAGCUGGGCCAAUAUAAUGUGAAACUUUCCAGAAUGUAUCAUAUCACACCUACUGUGCAUCGUGUCAUAUAAUCUUUCUUUCGUCAGCGCAGCUACAUACCUGACAUAACGCUAAUACUAACUCCUCCUUCAUGGAAUCACAAUAAAACACCACACACCGCAUCUGCCUCUAGAAGCUUACAUCAUGAAGUGACAAACAACAACAGGUAGCUAAUGCUUGCUUUCUCUUGUACAUGCACACGUUUGACAGCACACAGCAGAAAACAUGCACUUAGUAAAAGCAGCUAAGCCUCGGUCUGGUGUGCUUUUUUUUUUUUGGUAUUUGGGUUUGAGAAACAAAAACAGGGGACUCUGGGUUUCUUUCAUUCAUUUGUCAGAAUGAAGUGUUUUUUAUGUUUUCAUUCAGAAAUGUGAAAGUUGCUGCACAGGGGCAUUAUGGUGUUAGUAAGGGGGGAAAAAACACCACUCAGUUGGUUUAAGGGUAGAAGCAAUGAAGUGUCUUAUGUCUUAUCAAUGUCUGAUAUCAAGUUUGUGUAUAUGAACUAUUGUUUGGUUUGCGAAUUGACACCGUGGUAGCCUUUUUUUUAUUGUAUGACACUUAUAUGGGAAUGCAAAGCAGGGAAAUUUGCUCUUAAAUUUUUUGUUUUUCACGAGCAGAUGAGUUUUAUUCCAGACUGCCCUAAACUAUAUGUUAUUUGAAAGAAAAUGCUGUUUAAUAAAACAUUUUCUUAAUUGAAAAUCAUACAUUUUUAAAAAUGCCAUCAUGAUUUUACUACCGGUUUUUACAACUUCUGGAGAACAAAAUAGUUUUGUUUAUAUGUUUUCGUUUAUAUAGUGUCUUUGUACAUGUCUCCAAUGUGCACUUUACAUAUAUAUAUAUAUGCUAUAUAUAUAAAACAUUCCCAAAGCUCAACAUUUAUUAAUCACACCAGUUUUUUCUAGUCAAAGAUCUGCUGGUCAAUUUGAUCCAAAACAUUUAACAGGUUUCUUGGUUUGUCAUUUUCUAAUCAUGUAAAACCUGAAGAAGGUGUGAUAAUAAUUAAUGUGAUAAUUUUAUUCACAUGUACACGCACACCGAAUGUAGCGGCUCAACUGAUCUGCGUUUGCCCCUGGAUAAUCUCUGCUUGUAAAUGUUUUUUGUAUCUCUGCAAAUAUAAGUUGUAAUAUAUAUAUUUUAUAAUUGAUUAUUAGACUGAAAGGGCAAUUAAAGGUUUUUAUUAAGCAUGAUUUUGAUACUCAUAAUAAUGGAUAUUUUACAUUUCUAUAAUGUUGUGUCUAUAAUAAACUCUGUCUCUUUUUAAUCUAAAUGUUGGCAAUUCAAAGGGAACAUGUUAAACUGUGAACAUAUAAGUAUAGAGGUCUAUCUGCAAUUUUGCAUUUAUUUUAAAACAGAAUAUUCAUACCACUUAAUAAACUUAUUGACAAUA